UGCAUCCGACACUGAUGAAAGCAAGAAGCAGCCAGGCGUCCAGCAUGUCGACCUCCUUGAGGGUGAGCCCUUCCGUCCAUGGCUACCGCUUCGACACAGCCCUGCGCAAGAAAGCAGUGGCCAACAUCUUUGAGAGCAUGGACCAAGAGUCGCUCCAGAAGCUUUUUAAAAACUCUGGCGACAAGAAAGCAGAGGAAAGGGCCAGGAUCAUCCUCGCCACGGACCAGGAUUUGGAGGAGAAAGCCAGGGCGCUGACGGCUUUGAAGCAGAGGACAAGAGACAAGCUCUUCCAGUUCUUGAAGUUUGGGAAACACUCCAUUCAAGUCCACUGAUGCCUUAACGAA